AUGCCUUCCACUCUCUGCACGGCCAAGGCCUCCUACAAGAAGUUGCCCGGCCUCUUAGAACUCACUCACACCCAUCUUCUAUGGACCCAAGAUGGAAAGAAAGUACCAUCUGUCAGGGUAUCCUAUGCCGAAGCAGCAUCUCUAUUUUGCAGCAAAGAGGGCGCCGCACAAACACGUCUCAAGCUCGGAGUCGUCGGGGAUGACACAGGCCACAACUUCACUUUCACAGCGCCACAAGGCGUGGCGCUCGCCGAACGCGAAAAAUUCAAGAACGAACUGACUGCCAUCAUCAGCCGCAACCGUAGCGGGGUCGCAACACCCGCCUCCGCUGUUCCCCCUGGAACCCCAGUGCCCGCGCGGCCUAUCACGCAUGGACACCGACCUUCGGUACAGGCGUCUAGGGCGUCAACGUCCCGCGCGCCCUCUACUGGCAGCGACUCGCACGCCUCGGGAACUCCGGUCAACGAUCCUACGAGCGAGUUCAGGCUGCGCAAGAAAGUGCUUCUGAGCAACCCGGAACUUGCGGCUUUACACAGAGAGCUCGUCAUGGGCGGGCAAAUUACAGAAAACGAGUUCUGGGAAGGCCGAGAACAUCUUCUCCUAGCGCAGGCUGCUACCGAGAACCAGCAGCGAGGAAAACCAGGUCAGUUGGUUGACCCACGACCACAGACCAUGGAUGGGGAGGUCAAGAUCGUCAUCACCCCACAGCUUGUACAUGAUAUCUUCGAAGAAUAUCCCGUCGUAGCGAAGGCGUACAGCGAGAACGUUCCAAACAAGCUCUCCGAAGCGGAGUUCUGGAAGCGCUACUUCCAGUCGAAGCUCUUCAACGCUCACCGAGCCUCCAUCCGCUCGUCUGCAGCUCAGCAUGUCGUCAAGGAUGAUCCGGUAUUCGACAAGUACCUGGAGAAGGAGGACGAUGAGUUGGAGCCCCGGCGGCUCAGACAAGAAGGCGUGGAUAUAUUCAUUGACUUAGGCGCCACGCAGGAGGACCAUGAUGAGACUGGCAACGCGAGAGACGUCACGAUGCAGGCGGGGAAACAGCGAGCGGUCCUGCCACUCAUUCGCAAAUUCAACGAACACUCAGGGAGAUUGCUGGAUACCGCGUUAGGAGAACCUGCGGCGAAACGGAAACGAACAGACGAAGGCCUCGAUCGCCUAGCGCAAUUGGACCUAGAAGACCUACACGAUAACCAAGCCUCUGCAGGUAUUCUGCUAGAUAUGCAAGAUCGGCAGCGAUACUUCCAAGGUAGGAUGGAGUCGUCAGCACCACAGACUCCGAAUCCAGGUCUUGAUCUUCGAACGGCGUUGCGGGAGGCGAAAGAGAGUAUGCAGGGGUGGUCUGCUGAUCUCAGCCAGCUCAAGAUAGAGCGAAAAGCCUCAGAUACAGCCCUGCUUGGGAUGACGCAGAACGUGAGUGCCCGACUGGAGGUCAAGAUGAAAAAGCACGACCUGCCUGAGGGCAUCUUCCGACAGAUGACCACAUGCCAAACCGCCGCCAACGAGUUCCUGCGACAGUUCUGGCUGUCGAUAUAUCCGCCGCUGGUAGAGGUGCAGACGCUGUCGAUGUCGACGCCGGUGCAGAAGGCGGCGAAGGCGGCGAAGAUGGUCGGGUACCUAGGGAAGACGCACGAAAAGGUAGAUGCCCUCGUGCGCGCCGCGCAGGCGGAGGGCGUCGAUCCGACGCGCGUGCGAGUUGCUAUGCAGCCGAUCCUGGACGCAGUCGACAAAGCACUCGCAUUCUCGCGGGUGCGCUCUUCCAAAAUGCCUCGGUGA